AUGCAUGUAAUAAGUUGAUAAAUAGUUUGCUCAAGUAAUAUAUGUAUUUGUGUAUGGUUGUCUGGUGAAUUUCCUAAAUUUUGUUCUGGUAAUCUGGGUUUACAAAAUAAAAAUAGUAUCGACGUGGAGGAGUAUCUCAGCAUAGUCUUAGAAGGAACAGAUCUCUAGUUCUAUUUUUAAAAAUCUAAUCUAGAAUCGAGAUCUAGACGACUAGUCUACAGUUGUUGUUAGAUCUAUAGACUAGUUCUAGAUUAGUUUUAGAUGAGCCUACCUAUAAUAAGUAAAAUACUGUUUCAUUCAGUGAUGUAAUCUUGAUUGUGUUGAGUGCCAGAAAGGCGAAUUUCGGAAUUCCGAAUUAAGCUGCAAAAGGUCUGUCAGGCAGUUAUGGCUAGUUACAUAAGAGGAGUCUCUCAACCAUUACCUGUGCGGAGUGAUUAUAAAAAACUAAAGCAGUCAGAUAGACUUGAUGGCCACACCUCAAAGACAAAUAAAAAUUACCACGGCAACAUUCCAGCACAAAAUGUUAAAGCAGCCAGGGUGUACCUGUUUGGAGAUUCAGUUGCGGAAGAAGAUGAUGACAAUGUUGAAUAUGAAAUGAGAUCUCGUCAUAAAAAAGGUGCCACCUAUGACGGAGGUUUAUUGCAAGACCAACCACAGUAUUUUGAAAAAGAAAUAAUUGAAGGUGAAACACUUCAGGCCAUAGCUCUCAGAUAUGCCUGCCAGGUUUCUGAAAUUAAGAGGAUUAAUAAUUUAAUCCAAGAUCAAGAGUUUUAUGGUCUCAAAGUUAUUAAAGUCCCUAUGACCAGGUUUGGUGUUCUUUCUGAACAGUUUUCCAGAGGAAAUAACAGACUCAAGUCAAGCAGAUUUCCUUCAAGUGCAAGAGAGAAUGAAAAUGCUGAAGAAGUGUUUUUGGACAAUCACUUUGAUGACACUGACUCUCAGCAUGACUUUAGUGACCCUGACACACAGCUGAAGAUUUUAAGGACUUUGAGCAUACGAGAAAACUUUUCAGCCGAGGGGAAAGAAGCAGAAAAAUUUCUCAACAAAAUGGACGAAGAUUUAAAAAAGUUUAAGCAGUCGUCUCACCGGCCGGAGCGUGAAUCCUUGACAGAAGUGAUCUCAGUAUUGACUAACAAAAGCAUCCACCCCCUGAUGACCAAUAGACCUAAGAAAUCUAGCGGCGCUGACUGCGGUUUAAGCUGGUGGUCCAUCAUCAUCAUCUCUUUAACUGUAACAAUCAUUUUACCUUCUAUAGGCUUGAUAUACUACUUCUUCUAUUAUCAUUCUCAUUCAUAGCACAAAAUGUCACAUCAGUUCAUUUUUGCUAGCUUUUUAACAUACCAGUACAGCUGAGUUGAGCUUGAUCAAAUUAGGAUAAUUUUGUUAAAAAUGUCUUACAAAUGGUUGAUAAACCUUUGGAAUUGUUACUGUUACUAUGUUUGCAAUUCUUGUCAGUUGUCAAAAUGUGUAUAGUGAGUACUUGCAACCAUAUGGCCAUGUUUCCUAGGGCAUUUAAAUUUAUCUCAAGAUGUUUAACAUAUCCCAUUCAUGUUCAAAUGAACCUGACUAUAUUCCAGACUCCACGUGGCACCAACAUAUCUCCAAUGGUAUUGUCUUUUUAUUUCCAUUAUUUAAAAUACAUGUAAUGACGUACAUUAUAUCUAAGAAGUGACUGGCCUAUUAAAGCUAAGAAGGUUGAGGUACUAUAUAAAGGUAGUCUUUCCUUUAAUUUAGAUUUAAAACAUUUGUUUAGUAAAAUAUCUGCUGUGUAUUUUAUUUAAGGUGGUCAUAUGGUGGAUAUAAUUCUAAGUUAAUUUUUUUUAAAAAUCAGAAUUUGUGUACCUUGGCCUUUAUAAAAUGUCUAAUAAUCUUAAGAUUAUCUUUAAUAAUCCUGUAAAUAAAUCAAGUUGUUGAUUAGAAUCUUCUAAACCCAAUGUCUAUGUCCUCAGUGAGGACCUUUGACUAGAGUAUAAAUAUAACUUACAUCAGUUUUACAUGAUAUAUUUUAUAUACCUAAUAUUUCCCUAAGAAAAUCUCACAUAUGCAUGUAAUAUUGUGAUACAUCUUUAUUCACAUAUUCAGCUAAUGCAAGUGCCUUCUUUCAUGUACACAACCUGAACCAAUGUUGAAUUAUUUUUAUCUUUAAAACUGUUUAUAAAAUCAAGAUCUAAAUUUGAUAUUUUAAUGAUUGUUGAUGUUAUGAUGUGGUGUUAUGUUUAUGAGGUGGCGCUAAUGUAGUAUGCCUUUGUGCUAUUUUCAAAUAUGUAACAUAGAAUGCUGUACUUUUAAAAAUGUGUAUAGAAUAUUUGUUAUUGUUUCAUAGAGGAUGGUCUCUUUUGAGUCAUCUGUUAAAUUGUAAGAUAUUUUCUUUGCAUGGUUCCAUGUUUCUUGAGACAAAGACGCUUGUGUGAACAACAGUUUCUUUGUUACAGUGCCAUCUCUGGUGUGGUCAGUUGUGGGUACAGUACCAUUUGUGGUGUGGUCAGUUGUGGGUGGGUACAGUGCCAUCUCUGGUGUGGUCAGUUGUGGGUACAGUGCCAUCUCUGGUGUGGUCAGAUGUGGGUACCGUGCCAUCUCUGGUGUGGUCAGUUGUGGGUACAGUACCAUUUGUGGUGUGGUCAGUUGUGGGUACAGUGCCAUCUCUGGUGUGGUCAGUUGUGGGUACAGUGCCAUCUCUGGUGUGGUCAGUUGUGGGCACAGUGCCAUCUCUGGUGUGGUCAGUUGUGGGUACAGUACCAUCUCUGGUGUGGUCAGUUGGGGGUGGGUACAGUGCCAUCUCUGGUGUGGUCAGUUGUGGGUACAGUGCCAUCUCUGGUGUGGUCAGUUGUGGGCACAGUGCCAUCUCUGGUGUGGUCAGUUGUGGGUACAGUGCCAUCUCUGGUGUGGUCAGUUGUGGGUGGGUACAGUGCCAUCUCUGGUGUGGUCAGUUGUGGGUACAGUGCCAUCUCUGGUGUGGUCAGUUGUGGGUACAGUACCAUCUCUGGUGUGGUCAGAUGUGGGUGGGCACAGUGCCAUCUCUGGUGUGGUCAGUUGUGGGUGGGUACAGUACCAUCUCUGGUGUGGUCAGUUGUGCACACAGUGCCAUCUCUGGUGUGGUCAGUUGUGGGUGGGUACAGUGCCAUCUCUGGUGUGGGUGGGUACAGUACCAUCUCUGGUGUGGUCAGUUGUGGGUGGGU